AUGGAAAAACUGAAGCAGAAGAAGAAGAAGGUCUCGUAUUCAUACGAAAUCCCAUAUGAUCUCCUUUUAGAUAUAUUCUCUCGAGUCCCGGCAAAGUCAAUAGCUAGGUUUAGUUGCUUAUCUAAAUCAUGGAGAUCAAAACUUGGCCUUCCUUAUUUCACUGAGCUGUUCCUCACCAAGUCUUUAGCUCGCCCACGGCUCUUGUUCGCCAUCAAAGAUAAUGAAGAUUUAUUCUUCUUCUCUUCACCUCAACCGCAGAAUCCAGUUGACAAGUCUUCUCUUGUAGCCACCCGUUAUCGGAUGAACUUUCCCAAAUAUCUUCCAUCUCGAGUGUGUCCACCGCACAGUGGAUUGGUCUUUCUUCAUAGCAGGGGAAGAAAGGAGCGGGUGAUCUGUAACCCCGUCACGGGAGAGUCCAUAACCUUACCCAAAGUGUAUGCGAGGGGUGUUAAAAGAUGUUUUUUGGGGUAUGAUCCGAUCAACAAACAGUUCAAAGUCUUGUGUACGACUCGGUCACGCUAUGAAGGAAGAUCCGAAACUUAUUGGGUUUUGACAUUGGAGACUGGAAAACUUAUAUGGAGAAGGACGAUGGAAUGCAUACCCCAUACUGAUGGAUAUGGUGAAAUAUGCAUAAACGGUGUUUUGUAUUACAAAGCUCACAUUGAUGGAUCUUCUUGUGUGAUAGUUUGUUUUGACUUUAGCUCUGAGAAGUUCAGCUUUAUUAAGUUGCAUGGAAAAAUGCUACAUGGGACUUUGAUCAACUACAAAGAAGAUGCUGGAAAACGUAAAUGGUGCAAAAGAAUAAGCGUGCUGUUAAGCUUACACGACAAGCUCGGGAUCAAUCUUGACAAAGUUGGAAUGACCGGUGCUGGUGAAAUUGUGUUUGUGCCGCCGUACCGUAAACCAGACCUUUUCUACAUUGUCUACUACAAUAUCGAGAGGAAAACUUUUGCGAGAGUCAAUAUUGAUAUUCACGGAUCUGAAGAGCUAAAGGAUCGUACAUUUGUCGUUACCACCUUUCUAGACUAUGUUGAGAAUAUGAAGUUUUUGUAA